AUGAGUCCACAGCAUACUAAUAAUGAAGAUGUCGGUUAUGAUGUAUCACAAUAUCAUGAAAGAACAUUUUGGGAAAAAGUUUCCCAAGAACCAGCUGUACCUAUAGGUUUUUGCGGUUUGACCGGAGUAGUUUCAUAUUUUUUAUACAAUUAUAAAAACAGAGGUGAUACAAGAACAUCAUUGUAUUUGAUUAACAUGCGUUUGAUAGCUCAAGGAACUCUAUUAAGUACAUUAGCUGUUGCACUCGUUUAUUCGCUUUCACAAAAAGAUUAUUCAAAAAUAUUUGGUAAAAAAUAA